UCUCCUUCACUCACUUCUUUUUCCCUCUACAUGAAAUCCUGCAAUAUGCUUCCAAAUUACCGGACACACAUGCUUUAUGCACGCGCCUAUAGAGCGGCAUCCUAAACCGGAUUUUCCUUCCAAAAGCCUCCGUGUUUUUUUUAUUUUUACCGCAGUAUAAAACAACAAGAAGAGAGCCGAUUAUUUUUUUUAUUUUUUUUUUGCUGAUGCUGCAGUGUCCGUUUCUCCCCAUCAGAUCGGGCGCUUUGAUCCAGCGUUAUAUAUCGGCGUUUUUCUGUCUUAAAAUCUCCGUCUGCGUCCGGCUUUUAUUUCCAGCAUGAUUUUGGUAAACUGUCAGUCGGGAUUGUUGCAGCCGAGCCGCGGUUCAAAGCCGUCUGAAGCCUCCUCUCUCUGCUGCGGGCUGCUCCGAUCGACGCUGAAAACCUACACCAAGAGGAUACGGAUGUUGGCCAAGACAACAGUCUAUUAAUCUUUCAGAGAAAGCUGUAAAAGGAUAUCAGUAUUAAAAGCCAAGGUGGGGGAAAAAGGUGUGCGCUGUGCGUCUGCUGCUCUCCAACUCAGCACAGGUGACGAAGCAUCGCUGAGAGAAAGAAGAUGUUCAGCCCGUCGGAGGAGAAGGAGAAGAUGCUGAUGGUGACGGAGAGGGAGGCUGUGUGUGCCUCGCGGCCUCAGUAGAGGCUCCUUCGCCUUUCAGUCCUGCCGCCCCUUCGCCCUUGGCGCCUCUUCCUCUUCCGCCCCUUCCGCCCGCCAGGAUGACCGUGGUGUCCACGGAGAACAUGGACGAGACCUCCACCCUGCCGGGACACCUGCAGGACCUGUACCCGCCGGACGACGACCACGACGACCACGACUGCUGCGAGCGCGUGGUCAUCAACAUCUCCGGGCUGCGCUUCGAGACCCAGCUCAAGACGCUCGCGCAGUUCCCCGAGACUCUCCUCGGGAACCCCAAGAAGCGGAUGCGCUACUUUGACCCUUUACGAAACGAGUACUUCUUCGACCGGAAUCGCCCGAGCUUCGACGCCAUCCUGUACUACUACCAGUCCGGCGGACGCCUAAGAAGGCCAGUCAACGUGCCGCUGGAUAUGUUCUCGGAGGAGAUUAAGUUUUACGAACUGGGCGCGGAGGCCAUGGAGAAGUUUCGAGAGGACGAGGGAUUUAUCCGCGAGGAGGAGCGGCCGCUGCCCGAGAAGGAGUUCCAGCGGCAGAUCUGGCUCCUCUUCGAGCAUCCGGAGAGCUCGGGGCCCGCUCGGGGAAUCGCCAUCGUCUCGGUGAUGGUUAUUCUUAUUUCCAUUGUCAUAUUUUGUUUGGAGACAUUACCCGAGCUGAAGGAGGAUCCCAGCCAGCGGAUGCGUAUGGUCGGGAACGUCACCGUGUACUACAAAGCAAACUUCCUCACGGACCCUUUCUUCGUCGUGGAGACGCUCUGCAUCAUCUGGUUCUCUUUUGAGUUGAUAGUGCGCUUUUUCGCCUGUCCCAGCAAGGCUGCGUUCUUUAAAAACAUGAUGAACUCUAUUGACAUUGUGGCCAUAAUCCCGUACUUCAUCACGCUCGGAACGGAGCUGGCUGACGAUCAAGACGGCAAGGAGGCGAAAGGAGGAGGGGAACAGGCCACGUCUCUGGCUAUUCUCAGGGUAAUCCGCCUGGUGAGGGUAUUCAGGAUCUUUAAACUGUCCCGGCACUCAAAGGGGCUCCAGAUUUUGGGGCAAACUCUCAAGGCGAGCAUGCGCGAGCUGGGCUUGCUCAUUUUCUUUCUCUUCAUCGGGGUGAUUUUGUUCUCAAGCGCCGUCUACUUCGCCGAGGCCGAGGAGAAGGAGUCGUUCUUCACCAGCAUCCCUGACGCUUUCUGGUGGGCCGUGGUGUCUAUGACGACCGUCGGCUACGGAGACAUGUACCCCGUGACGAUUGGGGGGAAGAUCGUGGGCUCGCUGUGUGCCAUCGCCGGCGUGCUGACAAUCGCGCUGCCCGUGCCCGUCAUCGUGUCCAACUUCAACUACUUCUACCACCGCGAGACGGAGGGCGAGGAGCAGGCGCAGCUGCUCAACGUCAGCAACCAGAACUUGGCGUCGGAUACCAACUCGAGCCGGCGUAGCUCAUCGGGGGUGAGCAAGUCGGAGUACAUGGAGAUAGACGAGGACAUGAACAACAGCAUCGAUAACUUUAGGGAAGCCAACCUCAGGACUGCCAACUGCACGGCGCCCACCCAGAACUGUGUGAACAAGGGGAAGCUGCUCACCGACGUGUGAGGAGGCGUCCGGCGCACCGGUGUAAAUAUUGUAGAAAUAAUCUCGAUGCUUUAUCUCCAUUGGUGCAUUUUCUUCUUCUUUUUUUGCAUUGACUCAUUCAAACGAACGAACAAACAAACGUGUGUGAAGACUUCAAAAGUUCCAGGCACACAUGAUCAAUUUAUUAAAAGGUAGUGGUUCACGUAAUGACGGACUUGUUUUGGCAAUAGCACAAAGAUCAGCAGGUGUCGGGGAGACAUGUUUGAUAAAUUAACUUAUUUUAUAAGUUGUUCCAGUUUGAGAGAUGUUGGUGUUUGUCAGGCAGGGAGAUACGAAUAAAUGCCACCGUUGAGGAUGUUUCCAUCUCUGCUGCUUCGAUUUUUAAUCAUUCCAAACUUACCAGCUUUUACCAGGCGAGAAAGGUCUAACGAGAGACAUUAUGGUAGUUAUUAUCGAGUUGCACUAUGGGAAAUGUAGGAGCCAGUGUUACUGGAGUUUUGUGUUGGAGUUUCCCCCCAAAUUAAGAGACAGAAGUGUGGAUAUUUUAGUCUCUGUUGCACCAAUUUGUACCGUUCUUUUUCACUCGCAAAUUCUCAAA